UUGGAGAAGAAGAGGGAGGGAGAGAAGAAGGCAAGAAGAAACAGGCGCUGGUACUGUAGCUAGCAAGCGGUAGCCGUUUCUCGAAUUUUCGUUGUCGCCAGGAAAUUUCAGAGAUGGCGGAAGCUCAUCAGGCGGUGGCCUUCCAGUUCACCAUUACGCCGGAGGGCAUCGACCUACAGCUGUCCCAUGAGGCGCUCAGGCAGGUCUACAUCUCUGGCCUGCGUUCCUGGAAGAAGAAGUUCAUCCGCAUGAAGAACAGUUUCAUCACAGGGGUGUACCCUGCUAGCCCCUCAUCUUGGCUGUUUGUGGUCAUCGCAAUCCUAGCCACCAUGUAUACUCGCUCUGACCCAUCCAUGGGCCUCAUUGCUAAAAUCCAGGAACACCUACCUGUCAGUCAGUCUCUUAGCGUCCAGUGUCAGACAGUGGUGUCGGCAGUGCUCUUCAGUACUCUCCUCUGGCUGUCCCUCAUCUUUACCAUGCGCCUCUGCCUCAAGCAGCUGCUCUCCUACCACCGCUGGAUGUUUGAGCAGCAUGGCAAGAUGUCCAACACCACCAAAGUCUGGGUGGCGCUGGUGCGGAUCUUCUCAGGCAGGCAGCCUUUGCUGUACAGUUACCAGGGGUCUCUGCCAAACUUACCCGUCCCUGCCAUUAAAGACACAUUGAAACAGUACCUGGAGUCGGUGCGGCCGCUGAUGAGUGCCAGCGAGUUUGAGCGUAUGACUAAGCUUGCCACGCAGUUUGAGAACACCCUGGGGAACCGACUACAAUGGUACCUCAAACUCAAGGCACUGUGGGCCACUAACUAUGUGAGUGAUUGGUGGGAGGAGUAUAUCUACCUUCGCGGACGUAGUCCCAUCAUGGUCAACAGCAACUACUACGGCAUGGACUUCCUGUACGUGACACCAACGCCCAUCCAGGCAGCCAGGGCAGGGAACACUCUCCAUGCCUUCCUGCUGUACCGGAGGAAGCUCAACCGAGAAGAGCUCAAGCCUAGUCGUGUCCCAGGCACUGUCAUUCCUCUGUGUGCCGCUCAGUGUGAGAGGAUGUUCAACACCACACGCAUUCCAGGAGAGGAAACUGAUACCGUGCAGCACUGGCAGGACAGUGAUUAUGUAGCAGUGUACCACAGGGGGCGCUAUUUCCGUCUGUGGUUGUACAAAGGGGGGAAGAUGCUGUCACCCAGAGAGAUAGAGCUCCAGAUCCAGAAGAUUUUGGAUGACCCUUCUCCCCCUUUGCCCGGAGAGGAGAAGUUAGGAGCUCUGACUGCAGGAGACAGAGUGCCCUGGGCUCGGACUCGAAAGCAGUUUUUCAGCAGUGGGGUGAACAAGAGAUCACUGGACUGCAUUGAGAAAGCUGCCUUCUUUGUCACACUGGAUGAUGAUGAGCAUGGCAUGAUGGGAGAUGAUCCCGCUGCCAGCCUGGAUCGCUAUGCCAAGUCCCUGCUCCAUGGGAAGUGCUAUGACAGGUGGUUCGAUAAGUCCUUUUCUGUGGUGGUAUAUAAGAAUGGGAAGAAUGGUUUGAAUGCAGAGCACUCCUGGGCAGACGCUCCAGUAGUGGCACAUCUGUGGGAGUAUGUUUUGGCCACAGACAGUUUCCAGCUGGGCUACAAUGAAGAGGGGCAUUGUAAGGGGGAUGUUGAUCCCAAUCUGCCCCAACCACAGAGGUUAACCUGGGACAUUCCCUCCGAGUGUCGAGAGCAGGUGUCUCAGUCUUUGGCGGUGGCCCAGGCCUUGGCCGAUGAUGUGGACUUCCACGUUUUCUCCUUCAGGGACUUUGGGAAAGGAAGAAUUAAGAAGUGCAGACUAAGUCCAGAUGCUUUCAUUCAGCUGGCCCUACAGCUGGCUUAUUACAGGGAAAGGGGCAUGUUUUGUCUGACCUAUGAAGCUUCUAUGACUCGCCUAUUCAGAGAAGGGAGGACAGAGACUGUUCGGUCCUGUUCCAAUGAGAGCUGUGCCUUUGUGAAAGCGCUUGAGGGUGGAGAGGACACAGAGCUUUGUAGGCGGCUAUUGCGAUUGGCUACUGAGAAGCACCAGCACCUCUACCGAAUGGCCAUGACAGGAGCAGGCAUUGACCGACACCUUUUCUGCCUUUAUGUGGUCUCGAAGUACCUGGGUGUUGAGUCACCCUUCCUGAAAGAGGUGUUGUCGGAGCCGUGGCGCUUGUCCACCAGUCAGACUCCAGUCCAGCAAGUGGAGCUGUUCGAUCUGGUCAACCAUCCAGAGUACAUAUCCUGCGGAGGAGGCUUUGGUCCAGUUGCAGAUGAUGGCUAUGGAGUAUCUUACAUUAUAGUAGGAGAGAACAUGAUCAACUUCCACAUCUCCUGCAAGCACUCCUGCACACAGACUGACUCUCACAAGUUUGGUGCGCAGAUCAGACAGGCUCUGUUGGACCUUCUGGCACUGAUCAGCCCAGACCAAAGAGAUCCGACCAGAGGAGGCAAGACACAGGCGAAGAAAGACCUGUAGAUAUAACAGGCAAAGCCUGUGGGGAUGGCGAUGGGCUAAAGAAAUGGAUAGGAAAGACUGAACUGUAGCACGAGUAGGGUGUUCCCAGGGGGAGGGUAAGUGAAGCACAAAAUGCAAAGUAUACAAGAAAUGGGAAGGGCAGCUUGGAGAAAGAGGUUAUGAAACUGUAAAAAUGACUAACAGGAAAAGAAUUUAGAAUUGGAGGGAAGAGGGAGGCUUAUUUAGAUAAGAAAAAAAGGCAAGGCAAGAGCAGUGAUGAGAGGAUGAUGAGUAGGGAAAGAAAAAAGGGAAGUAGAAAGAGUUGCCUCUUUCCGUCGCACUUGAUAAUGAAUGUUCUCAAAAAUGGUCAGUCAUUUUUUUGUUUGUUCUUGUUUUUUUUUUUUUUCCUUGGGCACAACAUAUUGAAAGCCGCACAAUGCAAAACCAUGACCAGACCUCUCACCAAUAACUGGCAUACUGAUGAAUUCCUUAGUUAGGUAUAAGAUGAAUUUCUUUGCGCUAGCUAGCACACCCCUAAACUCAGUGUAAAAUCAUUGUACUCUUGAUUCUCUAGCUUAUUCUGUAUUUGUAUUUAUUGUUUUUAAUUUUUGAUAGAUUCCUAAUCUAGA